AGUGAGUCAAGUGAUGAAAUCAAGCCGACUUGGGGAGGAAGCGCCGACAGCUCGCGAAGCCCGCGGGUGACAGAGCUGCGGAACCUGCUCGAGGGAGCCGUGCCAGGCCCCCGUGGCCGCCCGGUCAUGAGGUGGCCCCCGGAGGCACCGGCCCCCCCAGCCUCCGGGCAGCGAACCCCUUCGUGUGGGCGAACCCAGGAGGAAGGCACGAAGCGCGGAGGACCCAUCUAGACCUCCCGCCCGCGUCCCCGAGGACGCAGACGGUGCCCUGGUUCCGAGGUGACCCCGGCCCCCAGGUGACCUGGCUAGCACUACUGCCAAGUUCCUGAUCUGCAGAAACCAACACUGAGUGCCUAGGGGUACCAGCCAGCCACUGGAGCAGGUUGAUUAUAUUUGAUUUCUUACACCAUUGAGCGAGCAGAGAUUUGUCCUCAUUAGAAUUGGUAUUACCAUUUAAUGAAACCUGCUUGCCAGCAAAUCCAUGAUAAAAAAUAUAAUUAAAAGCGGAAACUAUAACUGUUAUUUGUCAAGUGACAAGCUUUUAAUGUCAGAAUGACUCAACUAAAGCGACUAGUGAAAUUACAUCUUAAAAGACAUUUUCAUAAAAAGUUCUGGAAGUUUGGUGCAGUAAUUUUUUUCUUUAUAAUAUUUUUGAUUUUAAUGCAAAGAGAAGUAAGUGUUCAACAAUCCAAAGAGGAAUCAAGGAUGGAAAGGAACAUGAAAAAGAAACCCAAGAUGCUUGAUUUAAUGCUAGAAGCUGUACACAAUAUUAAAGAUGCAAUGCCAAAAAUGCAAAUAAGAGCACCUGUUAGGCAAAGCAUUGAUGCUGGUGAGAGACCUUGUUUGCAAGGAUAUUACACAGCAGCAGAACUGAAGCCGGUUCUUGACCGCCCACCUCAGGAUUCUAAUGCACCUGGUGCUUCUGGUAGAGCAUUCAAGAUAAUCAGCCUAAGUGUUGAAGAGCAGAAGGAGAAAGAACGGGGAGAAGCACAACACUGUUUUAAUGCUUUUGCAAGUGACAGGAUUUCUUUACACCGAGACCUUGGACCAGACACUCGACCUCCUGAAUGUAUUGAACAAAAAUUUAAGCGCUGUCCUCCCCUGCCUACCACCAGUGUCAUAAUAGUUUUUCAUAAUGAAGCAUGGUCCACGCUGCUUAGAACUGUCCACAGUGUGCUCUAUUCUACGCCUGCCAUACUGCUGAAGGAAAUCAUUUUGGUGGAUGAUGCUAGUGUAGCUGAGUACUUACAUGAUAAACUAGAGGAAUAUAUAAAACAAUUUCCUAUAGUAAAAAUAGUCAGACAAAGAGAGAGAAAAGGUCUGAUCACUGCACGGUUGCUAGGAGCAACAGUAGCAACAGCUGAAACGCUCACAUUUUUAGAUGCUCACUGUGAGUGCUUUUAUGGUUGGUUAGAACCUUUGUUGGCCAGAAUAGCUGAGAACUACACUGCGGUUGUGAGUCCAGAUAUUGCAUCCAUAGAUAUGAACACAUUUGAAUUCAACAAACCUUCUCCUUAUGGAAGUAACCAUAACCGUGGAAAUUUUGACUGGAGCCUUUCAUUUGGCUGGGAAGCACUUCCUGAUCAUGAGAGGCAAAGAAGGAAAGAUGAAACCUACCCAAUUAAAACACCCACUUUUGCAGGAGGCCUUUUUUCCAUAUCAAAAGAAUACUUUGAAUAUAUUGGGACUUAUGAUGAAGAAAUGGAAAUCUGGGGAGGUGAAAAUAUAGAAAUGUCUUUCAGAGUAUGGCAAUGUGGUGGGCAGUUGGAGAUUAUGCCUUGCUCUGUUGUUGGACAUGUUUUUCGCAGCAAAAGCCCUCAUACCUUUCCAAAAGGCACUCAGGUGAUUGCUCGCAACCAAGUUCGCCUUGCAGAAGUCUGGAUGGAUGAAUACAAGGAAAUAUUUUAUAGGAGAAACACAGAUGCAGCAAAAAUUGUUAAACAAAAAUCAUUUGGUGAUCUUUCAAAAAGAUUCGAAAUAAAGCACCGCCUUCAAUGUAAAAAUUUUACAUGGUACCUGAACAAUAUUUAUCCAGAAGUCUAUGUGCCAGACCUUAAUCCUGUUAUAUCUGGAUAUAUUAAAAGCGUCGGUCAGCCUUUAUGUCUGGAUGUUGGAGAAAAUAAUCAAGGCAGCAAGCCAUUAAUUCUAUAUACGUGUCAUGGACUUGGGGGAAACCAGUACUUUGAAUACUCUGCUCAACAUGAAAUUCGGCAUAACAUCCAGAAGGAGUUAUGUCUCCACGCUGCUCCAGGUCCUGUUCAGCUGAAGACAUGUACCUACAAAGGUCACAAAACAGUUGCCACUGGAGAACAGAUAUGGGAGAUCCAAAAGGAUCUACUUCUAUAUAAUCCAUUCUUAAAGAUGUGCCUUUCAGCAAAUGGAGAGCAUCCAAGCUUAGUGUCUUGCAAUCCAUCAGAUCCACUCCAAAAAUGGAUUUUUAGCCAAAAUGAUUAAGUGUUCCUUAAAAUUAAGGAGUUGAAAAGGAGAUAUUUUUUUCUCAUAAAACUGUGACUAGGAAUACACUGUAGUUUUUGAAAAUUAUGCAAAAGCAGCUAAUUGUAACUUAUUCCAAGUGCAUUUUUCUUAUUUAUGUCUUACAAUGUCUCUGUAGCAUUGCUACGGAAAUCCCUUGUUUCCAUUUCAAAGCACAAUAAUUAAUAAUACCAAAGACUCUUUUGACAUGUCCGUAUGUAGGGGGAGAUAUGUUUACAGUAUGAUGAAAAUAAUUUUCCAAGUAAAGUGAUGUUUGUGUGAUUUGUAUACUCAAGGAUAUGCACAACUACAUUCACACACUCACAACUUAAAAUAUUUCUUCUAGUUUUGGGGAGAAAGGGAGAAAGAUUUGAUACUGUAUUUUUUUAACUACAUACAAAUGGAUCAAUGAAGGUCAAACAUUGGCCUUUAUACACAAACCAGGAAAUUUUUAUAGAUCUAGAAUUUAUUACAUGAAAAUGCAGGUAAAUGUUUCUGUUUUUUUUUUCCCUUUGUUUACUGAUCUGUCAAAUGUUUCCUUAAACAUGGAAUUAAAUGAAUAAGCAGUAAACUAUUUUUAAAACUUUAAUUUCUUGGAAAAUUUUAAAAUAUUUUUUAUUCUGAAGCCCACUUGGUUUGAAGCACUUAAGUCUUUCUUAAAAGACUUUUCUUAAGUAACAAUACUGUGUUUUCCCAAAGCAAUUAAAAAAACCAAACUUUUAUAACUUACUAUCUUUUGAAAAGGUGUCUUUUUCCUUCUUGUCUUUUUUUUUUCUUACCAAAAUUCACUAAUCUUGAAUGUUUGUGAAAUUGAAUUUUAAAUGCAGAAUACUUGACUCAUUUAAAGUGAAAUUUUAUUUGUUACUGACUUAAUUUAAUUUGUUACUGUUCAGUUAAUAGAUUAUCUUUGUGAUGAAUAUUUUUCAUUCAAAAAAAACUUCUUUCUCUCUAUGUGGAAAACACAAUAAAACAAAACCUUACUAUUGUAA